AUAUUGGACAACAUCUAGGAGGCGCCAAAUUAACAAACGUGGACGUGAAUCCAGGCGCUCGCACGUCAAAAGAGAGCUAGCAUUUAUGUCUAAUAAAAGACCAACCUGCGUGUGCCGCAUCUUCUAAAAUACUCGUACGGAUAGGAGAAAAUUAUAGUAUAUCAAGUAAAGAUGUUUGUUGCCCGGAGCAUACCAGCGGAUCACAAAGAUCUAAUUCAUGAUGUUUCCUACGAUUUUCACGGCAGGAGAAUGGCGACUUGUUCUAGCGACCAAAGUGUAAAGGUUUGGGAUAAAAGUGAGAGUGGAGAGUGGCAUUGUACAGCUAGCUGGAAGACUCACAGUGGGUCAGUCUGGCGCGUGACCUGGGCUCACCCGGAGUUCGGGCAGGUGCUGGCCUCCUGCUCCUUCGACCGGACUGCUGCCGUGUGGGAGGAGAUCGUGGGGGAGUCCAACAACAAGCAGCGUGGGCAGAGCCACUGGAUCAAGAGGACGACGCUGGUGGACAGCCGGACAUCGGUGACGGACGUGAAGUUCGCCCCGAAGCACAUGGGCCUGAUGCUGACCACGUGCUCGGCCGACGGGGUGGUGCGGAUCUACGAGGCGCCCGACGUGAUGAACCUGAGCCAGUGGUCCCUGCAGCACGAGAUCUCCUGCAAGCUCAGCUGCAGCUGCAUCUCCUGGAACCCCUCCAGCUCCCGAGCCCACCCCCCAAUGAUCGCAGUGGGCAGCGACGACAGCAACGUAACGUACGGCGGGAAGGUUCAAAUCUACGAGUACAACGAAAACACAAGGAAGUACGCCAAGGCGGAGACGCUGAUGACCGUCACGGAUCCCGUGCACGACAUCGCCUUCGCGCCGAAUCUGGGGCGGUCCUUCCACGUGCUCGCCAUAGCGACCAAAGACGUCCGCAUCUUCAAACUGCUGCCUCUGCGGAGGGAGACCAGCUCCACUGGACCCACCAAGUUCGAGGUGCAGCUCGUGGCGCAGUUCGACAACCACAACUCCCAGGUGUGGCGCGUGAGCUGGAACAUCACCAGCACCCUGCUGGCGUCCUCCGGGGACGACGGCUGCGUGCGCCUCUGGAAAGCAAACUACAUGGACAAUUGGAAGUGCACGGGGAUCCUCAAGGGGGACGGUAGCCCGGUCAACGGGUCGUCCGGGCAACCCGGCGUCCUGAACGCCGCGGCGGGGUCGGCGGCUCAGGGCUCUCAGAACGCCCUGAACGGAGCGCCGGCGGGAAGGACUGGGAGGAGAACUCCCUUUUCCCCUCCCCAACGCCGAAUGACCUAUCCAAAGGCACACCGUCAGCCCGCAUACUACUAAACUCAGAAACCCCCACUGGCUGUUCCGUCUCUGUUUGUCUCCCAAGUUUUGCUUUUGACAUGGUCACAUGGUCUGGAAACCGUUAUGGAAAAGUUCCAUCACAUGAUGGAUGACACAGAUGUGGCUGAAAAGAUUUGUUGUUUCUGUAACUGAAGAUGGUGGCGUUUGUAUUUCAUUGGUGUUUAUAUUUCAUACUAAAACUCUUUCAGGCUCUGGAUUUUUUUUUAUUCAAUUUUGAAUUUUCCAUAUUACUGUCAAUUUAAAGAAGUGAAACUUUUGUUCUAGAUGCAAAUGUCUGGUAUGUUGUGUGUACAUGUUUGUUUUUUUCUGUUGCACAAAAAGCAUGUGCUGCAUUCUUAGUCUGCCCAUCGUGUAAAUUGUGUGUCUGCAAUCAGACCAAGAAUUGGGUAACAUCAGAUGCUUCGAUUUCAUUAACUGUUUGAUGAGCUGUCCCUAUGAUUUAUUUAGCAUGAGGGGAAGAGUCUUGGAUAGCAGUCUGAGGCAUCAAAUAUUUGGUGGGUUUGAGUCUCUUAAAAAAGUUUUGUAGAUUUCAAAUUCAUUUAUAUUUAUACAAUAAAGUUUUUUCCCCCCUCCGAUUAAAAUGCAUUGAAUCUGCA